AUGCCUGAUGGGGAAGGUGGUGUGGAGGGCGUUCUCAAGCGCUUGGAGAGCGCCGCCUCGGAUGGAGUGGUGUACGGCAAGCACCACUACCUCCGUACGUGGGAGAGCAUCCGGAGGCACGGCGGCGAGUCCAUGCGGGCCUACGUGCAGCUCGGUCACCUCGGGGCGCGAAUGGUGCUCAUCGCCUCCGGCCAGAGCUUCGAGUGGAUCCCGAUCCGUGACUCCCUGCUUCUGCAGUAUCCGGACACCCUUCCUGUUCCCCCCAUUGCUGGCGGCCAAGCAAAAGGGCGUGAGAAAGGAAAGGGCAAGGACGCGAAGCGGGUACACCUCACGGAGGCUCCCGACGAGGCCACCGGAGAGGCUGCUGAGCCCCAGGCCGAAGACGCCGAGCUCGAGGAAAUCUCCAAGGCCAUGGAGGUCCUCACAGUGACGGCCCAGAAGCUGAAGUCCUUCCACGCAAGGACGCCGGUGGACGGAUGGGAAGGGCACUGGCUCGACCUCCUCCACUGGGAAGCUCCUCACGAGGGUGGCUACGAGGAGCCGCCGCCCGACGAGCAGGCCUACGACGACCAACCCUACGACGAGUACUACGAUGCUGCCGAGGGCCAAGCGGAGGAAGACGGACAGGGCCAGGAGACCCACGAGUCCUACUUUGUGUGGAUGACCACCCUCGAGGAGUGGAUCCCUCCGCAGGUCUCCCAGGUGCUGACCAACGCACCGGAGACGGCCGCCGGCCUCAUGAUCGUCGACACUGCCUGCCAGAAGACCUGCAUCGGCAGGAAGGCCUACCUGGCCCACUGUGCGACAUUGCGCCCUUUUGGCCUGAGUUGCAAGUGGCUGCCAGAGUCCGUCUUGGUCGCCUCCCUGCUUGCCGCGGAGAUCCCGCUGCUGGCGUCCCUCAAGAUGCUGAAGCAGCUUGGAGCGGUGCUCGACCUCCCUUCUGAGAAAGCCUUCCUCGGCUCCCUCCAGAUCGAGGUCCCCCUCCACGUGACAUUGGGCGGACACCUCGCCAUCUGUGUCACGUCUUUUCCUGUCGACGGACUUCCGUGCGACCUGGACCGGUGGCACUACCGACGUGCCCCAACCGAGGAGGUGCUCUUCGGCCCUGCAAAAAGCGAACAGAGCGCUGCAAGUGCCGACAACCACGGUCUGUCUGAGAGUGAAGCACUUCAGGUGAGAGCCUCUGCUGAAGUGCGUCCUCACCUUGAGGAGCCGCCUCGUGGUGCUGAUGCGCCAGAGCUGCCGGCUCGAAGUGGACUGGGCGAGGAACAUGCUGCAGGCAUCGAUCCCCCCAGCAACGGUCACCGCGGCAAACUGCACACAUCCGACCAACGAGAUCAACCGCUACGGGAACGCAACCGGCAGGUACGCCCUGUGCAGGGUGUGCGGUACCCGGUGGAAGUGGCAAGACGACCCCGCUGGCUGGGUCUACUGGCCUCAGUCACGUGGGCGGUCUACUCUGCCCUUGCCAACGCCGACUACGGUUGUGGCCCCGAACACGGCCCCCGGUACGAAGGCCAAAGCCAAGGCAACGCCCAAGGCCCAGCCUUCGAGUACCCCUUCCUCGGUGAGCUCCCAACGCUUCCGUCCUCGGACCCGCAGGGCACCUCAGGAGUUCGACCUGUCGAGCCUCGCAUCGGGGAUGAGCUACGAGCCGGAAGACUCGAGCGAGCACGAGUUCUACGACUGGACUCGGACUUCCUGAAGACCGGUCAGAGGAAGCGGUUGGCGGGAGUGGCUCGGAAGGCAGGGGCAGCCUUGGGACUGGAGCUGUCCACGCUCCAUGCAGAGCUGGCCAAGGCCGUGAAUGCACGGAGAAAGAUCGACUAUGAUCACGACCUGAUGCAGGUCACGCCGUGUGACAGCAAGGGCAACGUUGAAGCCCUCGGCCUCAAAGGUGUGGAGGAGACCUGGGACGUCGCCUCUCACCGCGGCCGGAAGAAGUUCACGGAAGCACUGGACUACUACAAUCCUUUAGUCCUGGCCGUGAGGCUGACGAGCUCCCCGGCUCACUCGGACCCGGAAGUGAGCAAGGCUGCGCUCAAGGUCACUAUGUACUGGACCCUGAUAGCUCCCCCGGACCACACGGUGUGGAGCAAUCAGAACGUCAGCAGGCUUCUCAGCAGCAGCCAUGCACACGUGACCCAGGCAGAGGAAAGGGUGACAGCUAACCACGAGUGGCUGGCUCAGCCUACUCCCGAAGCGACUCCGGCUGGACUUGCUUACCGCGUCCGCCGAGUUGUGCGCGAGUUGGAGCCUACACGGUUCCGCCGCGAGAAGCAGCGUCCGCUUCGCGCCCCUGCCUGCGGCACCUGGGACCGGGUUUCAACAAAGCCCCCGUUCCAUGAAACUUACUACCUAGACUACGUCCAGGACGACCGAGAAUGGCGUGGUGUGAUGGAUCAAGUGGAGCAGGUGUUUCGCACGAGCGCCUCCCCCCAGAUCACCCUCACACCCGGUCACGAGAUCUGGAAGCGGAUUUCGGAAAUGAUCCCCUGGCGGAUUGAGCGAGUCCAGCUCGCCAAGGCGCCAAAGGCGCGGCGCUUCCCUCGAGACAUCCCCUUCACUCACCGUGCCACCGUCCUGCUCUACAACGACGACGAAGUGGCCUGUGAAUCGGAUGACGUCGCCAACAUCGCCUUCCCUCACCAGCGGUUUCCUAAACCCGUGAGAUACGCUAUAUGCGUCUACGGCGAUGCGCCUGAGGAUCCAACCGAUGUCCCAGCGCCCCCUCAGCCGACAGGAACCCCUCCGGUUGACCCGGACGUUCCGCCUGCGGAAGUGCACGGCGCGGACAUUACCUUUCCGAACUGCAAGGCACCGCGGGAGAUACAGCGGGCAGUGGCACGCCUACAUGUGAACUUGGGACACCCGUCAAGUGCGGACCUUGUCCGAAUGUUGGCACAGAACGGCGCCGUCACGCCCGAGGCUGUCUCCGCGGCAAAAGCACUUACAUGUGCAUCAUGCCUUCGCAUGCGCGGAAACGCUCCCCCGCGACCUUCUCGACUCGUGGACCGCUUCGUCGGACAACUGGGAGACUGUGUCCAAAUGGACAUCUUCUACUCGCGGACCGUUGACGGCACGAACUACCCACUCCUGGGGAUAGUGGACGAGGCGACAAACCUCCAGCAAGUGUGCGUGUUGAAGGACCGCAACCCUAAAACCGUGGUCGAAGCCUUCCGCACGACCUGGGCGCGUCCCUUUGGUUUCCCUCACAAGGUCACCUUAGACCAGGACGGCGCGUUUAUGGGUGACUUCUGGACGUACCUCGUCGACAACUCAACGGAGGUGGACUACGUUCCCGCCGAGGCACACCACCGCCUGGGCAAAGCGGAACGGUGCAACGCGGUCUACCGCGAGGUCCUCAACCGAGUUGUGGAUAGCAUGGCGGCCGCUACGCCGGAGGACUUGGAGAUGGCGGUGGACGCAACCACGCAUGCCAUCAAUUCCAUGCCCCGUUCCCGCGGACUCUCAGCCUAUGCUAUCGUGUUCGGACGCAUUCCCCGCGUCCCGGCGGAGCUUCUGACUGACGACUCGUCACUGGCGGCCAACAUUCCGUUGGAAGAGCACAACCGCCACACGAUUGUCUACAGAGCUGAGGCUCAGAAGGCAGCGGCGCAGGUCAACGUGGACCAACACGUCCGACGCGCCCUCCUUCGCAAAACCGCGCACAUGCGGAUAGAGGACAUCUCGCCCGGCGCCAAGUGUGCCGUCUGGCGAUCCCAACUUCGCGGAAAAGGCCCCCGCAAACGCGGCGGCUAUGUCAUCGGCAGGUUGGUUACCUUCGAUGGACAUUGCGCGUGGGUGCAACUGGGCACUCAGACGGUGAAGGUGGACAGGAACCAGCUGAGGCCAGCCUAUGGUUUCGAAGCCUGGUCCCCCACCGACGAGGAUAUAAAGGCCCUCAAGAACGCCGAAGCUAACCUUUUGAGCGGCGAGGUGGAAGACUGGCAGGGUGAAGCGCCGCCAGACGACGAACCCCUGUUUCCGGAACUGGAGUUUCCACGUGAGCCGAGCGAGGAGCAAGUACAGUCCGCCUUGGACGGCACCGACGGCGCCGACCUGGCGGCCCUGGCAGACACAGCGGCAGCGAGCGCAGCCUCUGCGCCCCCGCUACCUACUCCGGCUUACUCGCCACCGGCUUCUGAGGUCCCUCUGCAAGACGACUCUGAAAUGGCAAGCCAAGGUACCAAACGUACAGUCGAGAGACUUUCUGCAGCACCCUCGACUCCUGCAAAGCGGAUAUCCAGGUUGAGCAGCCAAGCGACCUUGAUCUGCGAGUCCGGAGAGGUGUUCCUAAGGCCACCUGGCUGGGAUGGUACCGACUGGGAGCCCGACCAUCGGGGAGACCUGGCGUCUCUUCCCGAGGUGUUCGCUUCAGAACACCGAGAGCCACCUAUCCAGGGUGCGGAGGACGACGGCGUGGAAGACUGUCAUCCGUCCUGGAGAGUGUGCUAUGUCGGCGACCAGAAGCAGCUGGCCAACGUCAACAAGAUGACUCGCAAAGAGGUGAAAGCCCUUAAUCGGGAGAUCCCCUGGCGAGAAAUCUUGAAGCAGCCGCGUGUGGUUUUCGACAAGUACGUCGAAGCCGCUCGCAAGGAGCACGAGCAAUGGGGCACUUGGGCACCAGUCCGACCCCUUAGUGACAAAGAAGCCAACGAGGUCCUCAAGGACCCGCUUCUGAGAACCCGCGUUCUCAAGUCACGCGCGUGCUACCGCGACAAAGCGUGCGGCCAAGGCGCUUUGCAGGCCAAGUGCCGUGUGGUGGUCCUUGGUCACCGUGAUCCCGACCUUCACGCGAUCAGCAGGGACGCACCAACGCCGACGCGCCUCACAGAACACAUCCUCCUCGCGGUGUAUAUUAGCGGACGAAACCGUUCGUUUUUACGGAACCGCCGAGUGUGGAGACUCUGGAGCGCUGAUGCCACCACGGCAUUCCUCCAAGGGAGGCAGAAUGAAGGAGAGCGACCAAAUCGCCUCUUCAUGAUGUCUCCGAGAGACCCAAUACUGGAGAAGGCCGGAGCCUUCCCCGCCACCAUCUACGAGGUCACUGGAUCCGUUUAUGGUUUGGCGAACGCGCCACGCUUGUGGUCUCUCGAGGUAGGCAAGCGACUACUCGCGGCCGGGUUUCGACCUCACGCCCUUGACCGGAUGUGCUUCCUGCACUACGACAAGGAAGGCUGUUUGGACUGCAUAGCGUUGGUGUACGUGGACGACUUUUUAGUCACUUAUGCCGACCACUUUGAUUUGACGGUGCUGACGCGCCUCUUCAAGUGGGGCAAAACCUCCUUCGACACCGACGUUAUAACCUUCAAAGGGAAGCAGCUCCGGACGGUCAAGGAGAAUGGUGUUUUCGUCCUCCGGGUGACGCAAUCGGAGUACAUCCGUACCCUUGCCCCCGGGAAGGUGACUCGCCAACGAGGCCGUGAAGACCCGAAGCUGACUGAAGCUGAGCUUUCGGAGUUCCGCUCCGUCUGUGGAGCACUCCAAUGGCUCGUGGGACAGACGCGUCCUGACGGUGCUGAAACGGUUUCUUUGAUGAACCGCGGCAACGACUCCACCCUCAGUGAGCUCAAGCAGCUGUACGCCCUGUCGGAGUACUUCGCUCGUACACACAGCGAUGGGCUGGUCUUCCACGGGAUCCCCAUCAACGAGCACAGCAUCAUCGUGAGCUACGGUGACUGCUCAUGGGCGAAUGCCCAGGAGUACAAAAGCCAAGAAGGCCUCCUUGUGUGUCUCACGACACCGGACGCGCUGACAGGCAAUGCCCCCGCCGUGCUUCUUGACUGGAAGAGCACCCGCACUCCACGUGUGGUGCGCUCCACUCUGGCUGGUGAGGCAUACGCCGCAGAUGACUCGAUCGAUAGGGGCGUCCUGGCAAACCAGAUGUUCUCUGAGAUCAUUUUCGGGUGUGAAGCUAACCCCGUCACCAAUCUCAAGACACUGCGUCACUGCCACGCCACUGAUUGUAAGUCUCUGUACGACGCCGCCAUCGCCGCUAACUUCAACACUGAAGAAAAGCGCGUUGGCCUGACGAUCAGGGCUGUUCAGGAAACCAUUGCCCCUCAAGACAUGCGCUGGGUUCCUACGACCGCCAUGUGGGCAGAUGGUCUGACUAAAGUCUCUGACAGUUUGCGCGAGACCUUCCGCAACUGGCUCCGACAGCCAACGGUUCAGCUGAGGUCCGACGCCUGA